UCAUUGCAGUAGUUUUAUCUUUCGUCUUCUUCAGUAAUGAAAUUUUUGACUGCAAGAGAGUUCAGACAUAUAUGAAAAACGAAGAAGCCUCCCUGAAGCUUAAUAAGAAUGUAGUCAAAACCAUAAAGGCUGUCAUCAAAUAUUAUAUAUAUAUAUAUAUAUAAAGUUCUCAAUGUUUUUACCUUCAAGUUAUUGAUGGUAUAUAGGGAUGACUUUUUGCAGAGUGAAAGUGGUGAUGUGGUAGAUUGUGUUGAUAUUUACAAACAACCUGCUUUUGAUCAUCCACUUCUCAAAGAUCAUGUUCUACAGGUGCAAAAGGUGUCAUCACAUUUAAUGGUAAAUUUUGGUUUUCAGAGCGAUGGAUAUAAAAAAACAGGUUGCUACAAUCUUGAAUGUUCUGGUUUUGUGCAAAUAAGCAAGAAAAUAUACCUUGGUGCUCCUAUAAAUCCUAUUUCCAUCUACAAUGGGACUCAAUAUGAUAUCUCAGUCGCUAUAUACAAGGAAAAAGUGAGUGGACAUUGGUGGCUUGAUGUACAAGGUGAGCCAAUGGGAUACUGGCCUGACACCAUCUUCCCAUAUUUGAAAAUGCGUGCAAAUUAUCUCAAAUGGGGCGGAGAGAUUAUCAUUGCAAAGCCAACGGGUCCUCCUCACACUUCCACUCAAAUGGGAAGUGGUCAUUUUGCUGGUGAAUCCUUUGGCAAAGCAAGUUUUAUUGCCAAUCUUGAAUACGUUGAUUCUUCUGGCAAUUUCCUUGACCCCCCAAAUCUCCUAGUCUUUGCUUCAAAACCAAAAUGCUAUAAUGUGAUUCUUUUGAAAAAGAGACCUAAUUUUGGCAUCUGUUUUUACUUUGGGGGACCUGGGUUUUCACCAAUAUGUCCAGAUUAAUUAGAGCACCAAAACUUGUUAUUUUACCAUACAAGUUCAGCAUAAAUGAGUUUUGUUUAUU